AUGACACAGUCACACCUCUCAAGCCGCCCUACAGUGGACCUCAUAAGAUACUUAAGAGGCUACAAUGAAGAUAAGUCAAAGGAACAAGACAGUGAAAUCAAAGAUGACCUGGAGGAGUAUAUGGAAUAUCAUAGAUACCUAAAGGAGGUGGUUCAAGCACUUGAAAGUGAUCCCGAUUUUAGAGAACGGUUGGAGAAAGCAGAUGAAGAAGAUGUUCGAUCAGGUAAAAUUGCGGAACAAUUGGAUUUUGUUAAUCAUAAUAUAAGAACAAAGUUGGAUGAGAUAAAACGGCGGGAAUUGGACAGGCUCCGUCACUUGGCAACAAAGCAAUUUGAACUGACCAAUGAAUUGGAAAUCAACACUGACAAAGUUCCUUCGAAUGAGCAUUUGGACCACGCAAAUCCGCACACAUUUGAAAUUGAAGACCUCAAGAAACUUAUCAAGAAAACCACAUCGGACUUGGAGGCAGCUGACAAACAGAGGAAGGAACAGUUCAAGGAGUACGAAAUGCAGAAAGAGUUUGAAAAGCACCAGAAACUUGAGGCGAUGGAUGAGGCGCAGAAGAAAGAUUACAUGGAAAAGAUGAAGAAGGAGGAAGACGCAAAGAAACAUCAUCAGCCUCUCCACCAUCCCGGUUCUAAGCAACAAUUGGAGGAGGUGUGGGAAAAGCAGGACCAUAUGGACCAACAGUUUGACCCCAAAGCCUUCUUCAUGAUGCACGUGACAAGGGAACAGUUGUUAGAAAUCUGGAAAAACGGCGACAAAAUGGAUACUAGAGAUUUUGACCCGAAAACGUUUUUCAUGAUGCAUGACGUGGACGGCAACGGCGUGUGGGACGCGGACGAGGUGAAGGCGCUCUUCAUAAAGGAGCUGGACAAGGUGUACGGCCCCGGCGGCCCCAACAAGGACAGGAACGAGCGCGCCGAGGAGAUGGAGAGGAUGCGCGAGCACGUGUUCAGCGAGAACGACAGGAACCGCGACGGCCUGAUAGACUUCCACGAGUUCAUGAUGGAGACGCAGCGCGCGGACUUCAAUCAGGACGAGGGUUGGAAACCGAUCGACGAAAAUCAAAUUUACACCCAAACCGAAUACGAGGAGUUCGAGAGAAGAAGACUUGAAGAACUGAGAUACCUGCAGCAGCGUGGGCUGGUGGACGCCCACGGUAGGCCCGUGCCGGGCGCCCAGCACCAGAUCAACCAGGCGUACCAACAACAGGCGCAGCACCACGCGCAGCAGCAGCAGGGCUACCAGCCCCAGCAGUACCAGGGCCACCCGCAAGGCCAACUGCCGCCCCAAUACGCUCCAGGCCAGGCGCCGCCGGGCUACCAGCAGGGCUACCAGGCCCAAUACCAACAGCCGCAAUUCCAAGGGCAACAAGCGCAGGCACAGUAUCAAGGCCAACCGCAGCAGGCGCAGUACCAGGGGCAGUUUCAAGGUCAACAGCCGCAGCAGGCGCAGUUUCAAGGCCAACAACCGCAGUUUCAAGGUCAACAGCCGCAGCAACCGCAAUCUCAGGGCCAACAGCCGCCUCCCCAGAACCAGAACCAGCCGGCCCCGAACGUGAACCCGAACCAGGGGCAACCGGGUCAGGUGCAACGUGACGCCCCCGUCGGCCAGACGCCGCCUGUCCAGAACCAAGGCUACGCGCAGCAAACGCCUAGCCAAGCUCAGGGGCAGGUUCAAGGUCAAGGCCAGAGCCAGGGCCAAGCGCCGCCCGUCCAGGCGCAGAACCCAAUUCCAGCCGCCAAGCCC